CGAACAGCGUGAAAGUGAUUUCGUCCUCGACUGUUGAUCUUUGGAGGUCAACCUACGAAUACGUAUUGCAGUUGACCCUCUCCUCGCCCUGCACCGACUUGCCAAUAAUAAAUACAAGCCGUGAACGCAGAUGCGUUUCAAGAGGGCAUGGUCCGGAUUUCGGGGAUUAAAUGUUCGUAAUGCCGCAAGUUGCAACGUGUUUGAACAUGAGUUGUCUUGUGACAUACAUCAUCCCAUUCCGAUCAUCGACGAGAACUUGAGGACUCCUCAUGCCUUUUCCCAGCGCAGGUUGUCAUACAUGCAAAACUCGCCGAAUCAAGUGUGACGAAACGCGCCCAACGUGUCGGCGAUGUCUGCAGUCCAAAAGAUUAUGUCAGGGUAUGAGCGACGGGGGAUUCUUUGCUGCAGUCUACUCGGAAAAUCGAUACGCCAGCGGCAGGGAAAGGCGUCCGCGCGGACCGCGCUCAUCGCUGAAGGAACAUGCAAUCACUGAGCUUGACAGGCCUGUUUCGGGUGACCUGGUCGACCUGACGACUCAAGCAAUCCUCUACUAUAUGCAUCAUUAUCUAAAGGCUCCAAAGGAGACACCCAAAGUUCUCAAAGCCCACUCGGUGGAAUUUCUCACAGCAUGGGUCGGCAAAACCGACGACCCAAUUCUUCAUCCAGCCGUAUCUUGCAUGGCCCUUGCAAUUUUCUCCAGAACGCAGAAACACCGACCAGCUGCUGUACAAGCCUCCAUGACAUAUCAUCGGCUCUUGCAGCUUGCGCGAGUCUCCAUCCCUUCCUUGGUGGCUGCCAACGUCGAUAUCUGGCUUCUUGCAGUAUUCUUCAUGGCUCGCUACGAAGAUGCAAUCUUCGAUCCGAGCCGGCCAAGUGCGUUCCGCGUAGCGGCAGGAAGCUUUUUCCACCAUGAUGGAGCAUCGACCAUCCUGAAAUUCUGGAAGGAACACCUGAGUGCGAAUCACCAAGCUACGGACAUCAUGAGGUAUUCGCGACGCGGGUUGCUCAAGUCCGCGCUGAUGCGGAGGUUGGCAGUACCACAAUGGCUUUUAGAUGGCAGCGACUAUUGCGAACGCGGAUUGGAACUGGAGUAUGACCGGAUCGUCGUUCGACUUGUCAACCUUCGUCAUCGAAUCUUUGAAGCAAGUAGUCAACCAAGCAUCGAUGAUCUUGCAAGAGAGGCACGCGAUAUUGACAAGGCAGUGCAGCAGUGGAGCUCACAUUUCCCAAGCACGUGGUGUUAUCAGCAAUAUAGUCUCCCACACCACGAAACCUUCCCCACCCAACACUUCUUCUCUCCGAUAGUCUAUCAUUAUUCCAGCCUGGCACAUGCCGCGGUAUGGAAUCAGUAUUACACAACGAGAAUGUUGGCCUUGAGUACGCGAAUACGAGUUGAGGAGAGCCUGGCAGAACGCGCGGAAUAUGUUGCCUGCCUGAAAUCUAUGGCCAGCCACUUUACGUCCACCCUCCCUUUCUGUCUUGGGAGAUUCCAGCUAGCCGACGAAUCCUACGGAGCACUUUCGAUAAAAGUGACGACGAAAGAGCCCGUGCGGCCUUAUUUGGCUUCUUUGACGGUUUGGCCUAUGUCCUUGGCUUCGAGUCUCGAGAAUGUGGAACUCGAACAAACACCAUGGCUUCAAGCCACGCUUGCCGAACUCGGAAGGACCCUUGGCUACGGGGUGGUCGAACAUGUGAAGAGUGAGCAAUGGCUCAGAUUUUGACCUCGAGGACCUGUCGCUGCACGGUCGGGAUG